AUGGAAGAAACAAUCGCUCACCUCGUCCAAGCCUCAAAUCCAACAGCCUCUCUGCGCCGAACCGAUGAGGAAGAUCAAUCUCAAGCCAUGCAUUGGGACUUUCGACAAUGGGAAGACAUGCGACAGCAAGCCAUCGAGAAGGACAAGAACGACGAUCAAGAACAACUUCAACAAUUCUCCAAGAUGCACAAACGAGAUUUAAUCGAAUUAUUCUUUGAGGAAAAACUCAAACAUCGAACACCCGUUCAAUUGCACAUGAUUUCAAGUCUUAAACAACGUGCUCCCUACAAGUCUCAAAAAAAGAGAGAGAAAUUUCAAAAAACAAUUUUUGGAUAUUGUCGAGAAUGUCAUGAAAAAGUGAAUGGAGGAUUGCAAGCCAUGAAGGAGCAUAUCUUGACGUGUGAAAAGUUGAAUGAUUUCAAAGAAGGAGAUGUUUGUGAAGAUGCAGUUUUGAGAUUUAAAAUUUAUCCUCGAUAUGGAGAUACUUGGAACAAGUACUGGUUAUUUGUGGAGGUACCAUUCACUAAUUAUUUAAAAGCUCUAGAUGGAAUACUUCGAGAUUAUUGGGUUGAAUGUUGUGAACACUCGUCAAGUUUUGAAAUUGAUAACUAUACGUAUUACAGUUGGGAUGAAAAUGAAGGUUUUUUUAGAUUGCAAAACAUUUUGGAAUUCGAUCAGAAAACAAUGUCCCUUCCAAUGUAUCGAGUCUUCAAACCUUCUGAUGUUGGAAAAUUAUUUUGUUACACCUACGAUCGAGGAAGCCCUACCGAGUUAGAAAUUGAAUUAAUUUCAAUUGUCAAAUGUCAUGACGAACGCAUUGCAGCGAGAGUAUUGGCACGAAAUAAUCCUCCAACAUUCAAGUGUAGAAGGUGCAAUAAGGACGCAGAAUAUGUGGAUGGAGAAGAAAUGAACUUUUAUUGUGACAAACAUGCCAAGGAAGAGGAUAAAGAUCUAGAGUGGUUGUUGCCAGUGGUGAAUUCUCCUCGAAUGGGAGUGUGUGGAUAUUGUGGAGAUGGAGAUAAUUAUGCUCCUCCCAGCAGUACUGAGAAGAAGAAAAAGAAGCACAAAAAGAAUUAA